AUGCGAUUGAGUGAUCGUGACGCUGGCCCCGCGAUCAAUGCAAGACUUGAGCCAUUGGGACGAACAGCCCUCAGCAUAAUUUAUGCUGACAAAUCCGAGCCCCAUGUUGCGAUAAAAGCCACCGGCUUUUGGCUAGACGGGGAAAUGUACGACCAUGCAGCCCUUGCCGAGGACACCAGUGAGACGUUCAAACGUGAAGGUGCCAUUUAUGAUGCUCUGGGUUCGCACGAACACAUUCUCAAAUCAUAUGGAGUUUCAUAUCUCCUUGCUGCCCAGAGCAACGAGCCAGAACCCACGGCGGAGAGUGAAAGGGAAGCCUGGGCCUUAAAACUUGAGAGGGCUCCCCAUGGCAACCUUCGCGAGCGCAUCCUCAAGGGCGACAAACUGCCUAUGGUCCAGCGGUUGAGCAUGGCGCUUGACCUUGCGGAGACCCUGCAGUAUAUUCACAGCCGCGGCGUGCUCUGGGGUGACAUCUCAACGCGAAAUAUUCUCCUCUUUGAUAACCACCAUGUUAAACUGAGCGACUUUGCCGGUUCCAGUCUACGUGGUGUAUACCCAGAUGUGAUAUUUCCUUGCGAGCCCCGCUACUGGAUUCCUGAAACCGACUUUGAAAGCCCGGAAAGAAGCAGGUUUGAGAAGGGGUUAUUUGCUCUUGGAACUGGUAUCUGUGAAAUUACUGAAUGGGUAGUGCCGUACGGCGAGAUCCAGAUUGAUGAGUUGCAGGACAAGCUUAUGCGCGGCCAGUACCCGCAUCUCAGCGAGGACAAUCCUGCAAAAUACAUCAUCCGGGGGCUAUGGAAUUUGGACUAUACUUCUGUUGAAGAGGUUUCUACUGCCCUUCGCAAGCUUACAAAUUAG